AUGUCUCUGAGAACAGGAAAUGGAACGAUUGUCCAGGAAUUCAUCUUGGAGGGAUUCCCGGCCGUCCAGCACCUGGGGAAGAUUCUCUUCUCUGUGCACCUGCUGGCCUACCUGGCCUCCAUCACAGGAAACAUGGUCAUCAUCACCAUCACCUGUGCCGACGCCCAUCUCCAGACACCCAUGUACUUCUUCCUCUGCGUUUUUUCUUUCAUUGAGUGUUGCUUCACCAGCACAGUUAUUCCCAAGUUGCUGCUCAUUUUUCUUUUUGGCAGGCAGACCAUUUCUUUUGCUGCCUGUUUCAUACAAGCAUUUGUCUUUAUCUUUGUGGGAUCAUCUGGUUUCCUCAUCAUCGCUGUGAUGUCUGUGGACCGAUAUGUGGCCAUCUGCAGGCCUUUGCACUAUCCCAGCAUCAUGAGCCCGAGGACUUGCUUCUUGCUGGUCAUUGCCUGCUUUGCCACCAGCUUUCCACUCAUCACUGGUCUACUGGUGAAGAUUUCCCGGCUGUCCUUCUGCGGUCCCCAUGUCAUCCCUCACUUCUUCUGUGACCUUGGCCCUCUGAUCCAUCUCUCCUGCUCUGACACUAGAUCUGCUGAAAUGAUGGCCUUUGCCCUGGCCUUGUUAAUCCUUUUCACAUCCCUCACCAUAACCAUCGUGGCCUACAGCAACAUAGCGGCCACCAUUAUACGUCUCCCCUUAGCCAAGGAAAGACAGAGAGCAUUCUCUACCUGCUCCUCCCACCUCAUGGUCCUCUCCCUGAUGUAUGGCAGCUGUGUCUUCAUAUACGUGAAGCCGAAGCAAACAAGCAGGCUGGACUCUAACAGAGAGGCGGCGCUGGUGAAUACAGUGGUGACUCCCCUGCUGAACCCUGUCAUCUACACUCUGCGCAACAAGCAGGUCCACCAGGCUCUCCAGGAGGCACUGUGCAGAAGGGGGACAUUGAGGUAA